AUGUGGUUAUUUAUUGUGCUCUCACUAAACACCUUGCUAAGCUUCCACCUUUGGCAAGCAGAAGCGAAGUUGAAGGACGGUGAUUGUGAAGGUCAGUGUGCAAAAUCUCAUGUAGUUGAUAGACUUCAGCUGUUUUUUGGACACGUAUGGAUAAAGUUAGAGCAGGAACCUCUUUUGAUCAGAAUCCUUUUAACCUGAUAAACAGAUCUAUUGUACAGCUUUGCGACUUUGACUAGGUAGAUAGAAUUAAGAUCAGGAUUUCUAUGACAGUGUAUAAUCUGAGUUUCAACUUGAUUGAGUUUAUUGUUGGGUCCAAAUCAAUUUUGAUCUUAAAAUGCAAAUAAGCUUAAAUUGGUAUAUGUGGAUAGAAAAAAUGGUGACCAAACACACCUGGUUGGUAAAAAGUGAAACAUGAUUCUAAAGAAGGAGAAUGCUUGUUCAAAUUUAGCCAUUUUUGGUCAAGACAUCGAGUGAUACUAUGCUUUGUGUGUGACGUUUUAUACUUAUAACAGUUUUUUGUGUCAAUUGUCCGGCUGAAUUUUUGUGGGAAUAGGCCAGAUGCUUGAUAUCUGUUACAAAAAUACGUGAAAAUAUACAAAAAAAAUUGAUGUUUGAAAAUCCUAUUUUCUGAGCGUGGUUGACCCCCUGUUAAUGAUUAUGCCUUCUCAUAAAAGAGUCAAAUGUUUUGAUCUUGUUUUUCAGUCUGUAUAAAGUUCCUUACUAAUUUUGCCGGUAAACUAUCCAGUGAUGACUUGUCAGAUCUUACCAAAAUCCAGGACAAGUUAAAGGCAACUUGCAAGAAAGCAAAAACCAAAGAAAACAGAUUUGUAAGUAAAAGAACCCUGUUGAAAGCUAAUGGAUCUUUACGCUUAGACACAUCAACAUGCUGCGUGGGAAGAAUGAGAGUUGUACUCCAGGGCUCAAUCUUGUACAUAGCUGAAUCAUAAACUCCUCUGUCGUGUUGCUUAAAAGAAAGGAGCAGAUAAUACUUUAAAAGCAGUAUACUGUGAAUAGUGUUAAUUAACAAUCAACUGGAUUUGCCUGUGGUUGAGAAGUCGAGUAAUGCCUGGCCUCUGCUAUCUAUUUUAACCCUUUUUAAAAAGCCCUAAGAGUGAUCAGCAUCAAAUUUCUCCUUGUAAUAUCAAUGCUUUAUAAAACAGAGUUGUCAUGAGAAUUACCGACAUGAUCACGCAAGAUGAAUUGGCUCGAUAUUUUAUCAACUUCUUCCCACUAUUUCUGUAGGAAAUGAAUAGGGGCAACAAAUGAGAAUUCAAAUUUUGAUCUUAGUGUUUAAAGGGUUAAUCAACUUCACUGAGGCACCACCAGGUAUAUCCCUUCUGCCCGCCCCACCCCACCUUCCCCCAGGAAUAAUGUGCAUUAUUUUUUUCACUAGUGUUACUACAUUGGAGGAACAGCUGAUGCCGCUACUGGGAUGUUAAAGGAAGUUGUCAAGCCCCUGAGUUAUCACAUGCCAGCAGACAAGAUCUGUGAGAAGCUUAAAAAGCAAGAUGCACAGAUCUGUGAGCUUCAAUAUGGUGAGUGAGAAAAUCAAUAUGUGGUCUCAGCAUGCAAAUAAAGUAGUGUCUGAUAGCCCAAGGCUAGAGGAUAUUCCUAUCGAACUACUGAUCGUAAAUUCCCCAACAGGAAAAUGAAGUUUUUUGGAGAAUUUAAUUUACAGAAGAACUGUAGUCAAUCCUGUCUAGGCUAAAAUCCAAAAAAUUCCCAAAAUCUGGGAGACUGUACCGCCUGGUCUCAAGUGUCUGCCAUAUCAUAAGUUUAAGAAAGAAUGAAAGUCCUGUCUUCUAACCAACCAAAUCUGACCUUGCUUUUAUGUUCUAUCACUGAUAUUAUCUGAGAUUUUAUUCCUCUCUUUACUGCUGCCAAUUAUUUCAACAUGAUGGUGUCCAAAAAGAAAGCUCUUGCUACUUUGGACACUGUACACAAAUGAACUUAACAUCUUUUAGUUAAUUAUUAUUUGUCAGCUACUUUAUUUUCCUACCUACGUACACUUAUGUAAAUAUCUUAUAUAGUGUGAAAUAAAGAAUUGAAUUGAAUUGAAUUGAAUUAAUUGAAAUGGCUCUUGAGCUAGUACGUGCUAGUUAUAUCUUUCCCGAACAGCAAAUUAUAAGACUGACUAUCUUUGCACCCUGGGUCUGUUAUUGGUAACAGCGAAACUCAGCUGACUGGUCUUCUUGAUUAUUCAAACUUUUUGCAAUGUUCUGGAACUAAUGCACUUUGUUUUCAUGGUUGCAGACAAGCAGAUAGAUCUGAAUAAUGUGGACUUAAAGAAACUGCGAGUUAAACAACUCAAAAAGAUCUUGAGUGAUUGGGACGAAGAUUGUGUUGGAUGUUUAGAAAAAUCAGACUUUAUAAAGAAGAUUGAAAUGCUUAAAAAAGAACACACCGAGCUCUGAUUAGUUUUGUAGUUCUAAAUAACUUAAAUGAAAGAUUUUCUAGACUGCCUGUUCAUUUAUUAAUAUUUCUGAAAUUUAUACUACUUGUAACUUCUGCAAAAGCUGCAGCCCCAGAGUCUGAUUAGUGGCCUAUUUUUGUCUGCUUUCACUAGCUCAUUAUUGUGAGACAGGAGGAUUAGUUUGCUAUCAAAGACCUUAAUUUUAUUAUUGAAGCCCCAGUAUCCGCAUACAAGUUCUCCCAACUGAUCUCCAUGCAUUUCCUUAAAUAUUUAGUUGAGAGAAUUUGAUAAAAGGUCAAAGCAUUUUUCCUUUGGUGAUUACUUUAAUGGUUUUCAUGAUCUUUUCUCAUAAUGAUGUCUUGGCACUGUUAGGAGAAAAUUUAUGUGGCUCAAAUUUGGGACUUGAAGGGUUUAAAAAGGGAAAGACUACUUUACAGUUGUACAGUGUUUGCUCCGCAUUCCGUCCUUUGAAAAAUACCACCGUGGGUGUAUAUAGGACUUUUCUCUUUUCAUGUGGAACUAGUUAGCGUAAGGAAAGCUUUGCUGUAUUGGAUUGAGAAAAAAGUCAGCUGUAAAGUUACCUAGUGGUGGUAAAAGGGUAUCACGCAUUGCUUUUCAAAUAUGGGACUUAUGAUCAAAUCACCAGUUUUCCCCUUCCCCCUAAGUUCUUUGUGUGUUCUAUGCCACUUGAAAUGGCUAGCGGGUACUAUAGGAAAGCUAAGUUCUCUGUCUUCAAAAAUGAUCUGGGUAUUAUCUCAGAUAAAAACAGUCAUGAUAGUAAGGUUUUAAAAAUAGGUCAUCUUACCUUUAUUACAGCAUUUGGUUGUGCAAGUGCCGUCAUUGUAAGUUUCUUCCAAUUUUUGGAAUGAAGCUGAGGUAACAUGUAUGUAUAUUUAACUUCAUCGUAAAGGAAUUCAGAGAAAAUUUUAAUCAAGUUUGAUAUAUUGCCACAAACUUGUUUACGUUUAGCCUUUCAUUUUGUGACAAGGUCAAAUAAAAAAAUUUCUAGCCUUCAGUGUGAUGCCUUCUGUUCAAUCAUUUUCUUCUGACCAGUAUCACAUGACCAUAAUGUGGG